GAUCGCCGGCGCUUUGUCAUUUCCAUAGAAGAACACCACUCCACCAUCUACCAUCUACUUAUAAAUACCAUACAGCUAUAUCCGAGCUGAGUUAUCAAGAAAUACUCUAGCAGAUCACUGUCCUUUGAAUCCUACCCGCCCUCACACAACUGUCUCUACCUACUUAUCUACCCUAACCCACCAACGACACUUAACCCCACACCCCAACAACAAUGCAUCCCCGCCUCCGCAUCGCCGUGCUAGAAUGCGACACCCCAGUCGAAAAGGUCGACCAGAAGUACGGAGGCUACCGCGGGGUGUUCGCACAGCUCCUGCAUGAAAGCGCCGCGGCGCUCAGCCAGCCGGACCCGGUCGAGCUGGACAUUUCCGGCUGGGACGUGGUGACGGCGCAGGAGUACCCCAACCUGGACGAAGUAGAUGCCAUCGUGUUAUCUGGGUCAAAGCACGACUCCUUCGAAAGCCACCCCUGGAUCCUUAAGCUCCUGGACUUCACAAAACAAGCCUACCUGAACCCGCGCGUCAAGGUCUUCGCCAUCUGCUUCGGGCACCAGAUCCUGGCGCGCGCGCUCGGGGUAAAAGUUGGCCGGAACCCCAAGGGCUGGGAGCUUGCGGUCUGCGAGGUUGAUCUCUCGGAGAAGGGGCGGGAGCUGUUCGGGCGGGAGAAAUUGCGCAUCCACCAAAUGCACCAGGAUAUCGCGUACGGGUACCCGGAUGAGGUCGUCUCGCUGGGCUCCUCGCCGCGGUGCGCGGUGCAGGGCAUGUAUAUCCCUAAGAAGUUGAUCUCGGUGCAGGGUCACCCCGAGUUCAGGGAGGAUAUUAUGAAUGAGUUGAUUGAGUUGCGGACGGCUAGUGGGCUGUUCUCCAAGGAGCUAUCAGAGGAUGCGUCGCGUCGGGCGGCGUUGCCGCAUGAUGGGGUGGCUAUCACGGUGGCAUUUUUGAAGAUUGUGCUUGGGGAGUAGAGGGUGCCACUUCACCUAGACUCGGAGCUCAUACCUGUGAGAUUUAGAUGCAUAGACGGUGUCUUAGAUUUGUUG